AUGUGGCUCUUGCGAUCGUGUUUUGAGGGCGAGCAUGCGCCGCUCUCCGAUCGUGUGCUGUACGGUGGGCACACCUAUACGCUGGGCCGCAAAGAAGGGGCCGUCGAUUUGCUCGUGCCAGUCGGCCGUCUAAGUCGGCAUACAGGCACGAUCCAUGUCACAUCGGUGGCUCCAGCACAGGUACAUGAGCCAGAAGUACGCGCAAAAGUAACAUGGACAAUGCAAAUGGGCAGCAAAGCGGGUGGAAUGAUUGAGACGUGGCGUGAUCGCAACCGCGUCGAGCAGCGCAUUCGCGUCGAUACGCCGUACCCACUCGAGGAUGGAGCGCGCAUUCGCCUCGUUGCAGGGGUGUAUGCGGAGCUGCGGUGGAUCCCGUGUGUCGUGCAGCUGGUACGUACGCCAUCCCUCGAUACACCUGAGGUACGGCAGGCGGCUGCCACGGCCGGUGUGCAUCUCGUUACCAUGGCUAGCGGACUGCAUCCUGCUGCGACGCACAUUUGUGUAGCUCAUGUGCGGCCCAAUAAGACGCAGCUACUUGCAUUGGUACAAGGUCUGCCGCUCGUGUCGACUGCGUUUGUAGCACAAGUGUGCGAGUGUCGACCCAUGUCGUGUCCCUAUACGUUCCCAGACGUAUUGACGUAUACCCCUCCAUCCGAUCCAAGCCUGCACCGCGAUGAGCAGAUCCCAUCAGAACUGCUUGCACCACGUCCAGAGCGGGCGCAUGUUCUAGCCCAUUGUGUGCUGCUAUUCUGGGUACCUACCUUGGAACGUAUGUACAUGGACAUGGCCGACUUGGCUCAAGCGGCUGGCGCGCAUGUCGACAUGCUGGAAGUCGUGUCUACAUGGACGCCUGAUGAGAAGCAGCGAGCUUUGCUACGACAACGCGAGGCUCUGCCUGCUACAGUUGCAUCGUGGCCCAUCUAUUGGAUGGGCGUAGAGUUGCCGUCCCAGGCGGCAUCAUGGGCCACGUCCCUGCGCAUCCAAUAUUUGCCGCAGGGAUUGGCCGCAAUUACGCAAAGCAUUUUGGAAGUGCGGCCGCUGACCUCAGCUCUGCCACAGUCAAAUCAGCCUCGACCGGAGGCAUGGCCUGUGCCUGCCGCGACAUCGCGUCCUUCGCCGGAACGUGUGGUGGAUCCAUCCAUCGCCGAAAUGAGCACGACAACGAUAGAGGGGGGAGGUAGCGAUACGUCGUUGGGGCCGGGCGAUACGUGGUCCUCCAUUGACGUCACAGAAGCAUCCCUGGCCUUGCAUCCACCGACGGCCCCCCCAUCGAACGACACAGGGAUAUCGUCGGCGCCCGCAGCAUCGACUUCUGCGUCAGAGGGAGCACCGGACCGACUUCGCCGGACGCCGCGCGUCACAGCCGACGAACUGCUAGGCAUGGCGGAAGAUCGAUCGCCGCUGCCGCCGCCGCCGCCAUCGCCAUCGCCGCCUCCAACCGCAGCCAUUCUCCCACCAGCGCCAGCCGCAGCGAAUCUGCCGCGUCGCGCAGGCGGCCGACGAUCGGCGUUGCUGGAUGAGCUGCUGGGCAUCGAUCGACCACCGCCGCCGCCGCCGCCGCCUGCCUCCCCUUCGCCUCCUCCACGAGAGAGUGCCAAGUACCGCUCGCUUCUUCCGCGUGCAACGCCUCCCACGGUGUCAGAGAUACCACCACCAUCGUCGCCUGCCUGGGAUCGACUUACACGCCCUUCAUUCCUGCAAGUACGAACGAUGCCACUGGUACGUCGUGCGCCAUCCACGGGCCUUCCCAACUACAAAAAGUUUCGUCGUACACAGACGACUGCACGGCCCCACCGCGUAGCUUUAGUCCCUGACUAUGCAGUCCGAUCCGACGCUGCGUUGUUCCUUGGGGACGAGGACGAUGCUGCCUAA